UUGGACUUUUCAAUAGUUUUCAUCACAGAAAUACGACUUUUUUAGUGCAAUGGAAGAUAAAUGCUCAGUUUGGGUAGGCUCGCUACCAUUAAAAUGUAAAGAAGAGACGCUUUCCGAGUAUUUUGGUAAAUUUGGGCCGCUAAAAAGCGUCGUGGUUUGUCGUGACGAGCUUGGCAAGUCCAAACGUUUUGGUUAUGUCAAUUAUUUUGGUCGUGAAAUAGCUGAAUGUGCAGCCUCUGUUAUGGACGGCUUUCAAUUAUUUAAUCAAUCAAUUAAAACUAAAGGGCCUAAUGAACUGGAGGCGCUUAAAAAUGUACAAAAUACUUCAGCAAAAACAGAUUAUAGGUCAAUUACUGACUGCCUGUACUUUGUCGAUGGUCGUCAGUGCACAUGGAAAGAAGGGGAGUGUAUAUUUCGUCAUUGUGAAGAAGCAAAGAAAACCACCCAAGUUUGCGAAAAAUGGCAGCAAAAACAAUGCAAAGAUGAAUUAUGCCCAUUAAGGCAUCCAAGAUUGACAAAAAGUUCCAUGAUCACAUUAGAUGGUGCUCUUCCGUUGCGUUGCCCUUCCCAUAAUGCUUUUAAGUGUUUUGGUGAAUGUGGCAAUAAAGAUUGCAACACACAUUUUCUGGAUCACGCAGCUUACGUUGAACAUGUGACCAUGGCAAAGACAAACCUGGCUCAACCUGUUGACAAAUGUAUCAAAUGUCAGGCAGUAUUUUUCAACCAUGAAGAAAAAACCAAUCACAGAUGCUAUAAGGAUGUACUUACGAAUCCACCUCCACCUGCCGUUAUCCCAAGUUUUACUUCAACUCGCGUCCAGGCGGAGAAAGAUAUAGUCCAACCUCGACCUUUAUAUCCAACUAAAUCAUCUCUCGCUGCCAAUAACCCUUCAUUUAACUACACAUCGCAUCCAAAUGUAAAAAGUCAGCAAAGUUCUCUGUUUUUUUCUUCCACCAAGCCAUUUGCGAAUCUUGAUCAAAGCGAUUUUCAUUGUCCUGAAAAAAUAAACGCUCAAAAAAACUCCACUCUUUUCCAAUCAUUUCCACCAAAACCGAUACAGUUUUCGACAACUUUUUUCCCUCAAAAAGAUCCCAACUUUGUUGAAUUGCGUACGUCUUUAAAAAAUCAAGAGAAUGCGAUGAAGGAAUUUGAACCUGUAGGAGUAUUUUGGGACUUUGAAAAUUGUGCUAUACCCAGGGGAAAAUCGGCAAGAGCAGUCGUACAGAAGAUUCGUUCGGUUUUUCUUGAAAAGAAAAGAGAAGCGGAGUUUAUGUGUGUAUGUGAUACAGGAAAAGAAAAAAAGACUGUCAUAGAGGAACUUAAUCAAGCUCAGGUAACGGUUGUCCACAUUAACGCAACAUCAAAGAACGCUGCAGAUGACAAGCUACGUCAGAGUUUGCGAAGAUUUGCGCAGACGUACGACGGCCGAGCGGCUACGGUUGUUCUCAUCUCGGGCGAUGGUAAUUUUGCGAUGGAUCUGUCCGAUCUCAAACAUCGUUACAACUUUCGUGUGAUAUGCCUUCAUAAUGAAUCUGCUUCCUCGGCAUUGCUCGGAUUUGCUCACGAAGCUCACCGAUUUGAUCUUCUCACCCAAGACUUACAGAAUACAACGACUAUUCCGGUCAUUCAACAAUCACCAACAUCGAAAGAAGUUCUUAUUACUAACCUUCCACCAGCCAAACAAGUGCUUCUCAAAGCAAAGCUUUCGAAACUCUCCGACAAUUGUGGUGGCAAAGUAGUUAAAAUCAAUGGGAACAAAGCUGUACUACAUUUUCCUAACGCAGAAGCUGCUUCAAGAGCGCGUCGAAGAUUGGACAAAGAAGAAUUGUUUGGUUAUAUUUUAUUGGCGACGUUGUUACCUGCAACAAACUUCAAGAAUGGAAGUAGCUCUGUUACACAAAAACCAUCUUCUACGAUGGAGAGUUUCUCUUAUAUCUCUCCUGCAGUUGCUGGUGUUAGAUCUCCGGCAGGUGUACACCAAAAUUCCCCUUACAGUCCAAAAUUUUGCAAAGAAAAUCAAUCCCCGAAUACAAACAUAUCAUCUCGUACCGAGAGUUUAAUCAGAAAUACACGACCCCUGCGUUUUACGGAUGCUCGUCCGCAAAUGAGCCUGCCUUUUCAAAAUCUUCCAUUCACUGGUCAGCAAAUUCAUAGCCCGUACAUGUUCAACAAUAUGUUUCGUCCUGGCCUUGUUCAUGGAAUGCUUGGUAUGCGUGCUUGUAGGCCUCUCUCCCCUUUGAACAUGUCCACUAGGCCAACGUCUUUACCAGUAGCCCCCAUGCCACUUUUUGCCGUGGCGGAUGGCCUUGCUCGUCGAUCGCCAUCACCGGAGCAGCAGUUUAGUGGUGCUGACCUUCUUGUGACGAAUUUGAAUGAGAGUGAACCUAAGGAAGAGAUAACAAAGAAGUUGGCUUCUGUAUUCAGAGAACAUUGCAAGGUGUACUCUGUUGUCUUGCAUGCCAAGAACGGCGAACCUUUACGAGCCUUUGUGAAGGUUCCACAACUAAUCGAUGCUCAUAUGGUAAUACCUAAAGUGAAUGGGAAAAUAGUCUUUGGUAGAAACAUGAAUGUGUCUCUGGCGAAUGAAAAGGAGAAAGAGUUAUGUUAUUUACAACUUGAGGCCGUUACAGUUUUAUUAGAAGCUCCGUUGUGUUGGUUACCCUUAGCGACGUUUUUUUCCAAUUUCGAGAAAAAGUACCGGAGAAAUUUAGACAGUCGUCAUUUUGACGAAAUAAAAGAUUCUGUUGUCAUAAACAGGAGGAAUGGGCGUCAAGCGAUCUCUCUUGUGGAAGGAAAAAUUGAGUUGGAAAAAGUUGUGGUAGAUAGCAAAACCUUCACCGCAGAUGUUUUUAAGCUUCUUGAUCAGUUCGAUGGAGUGAUAGCCUUAGUGUCUUUUCCAGCUCUAUAUUGGCUUGAGUUUCGUAAGGAGAUCAAGUCAUCUCCUACAGGAGCGCUUUUGGUGGAGGUGUUAUGUGGUAUACCAAAUGUAACCGUUGUUGGAACAGGUACCAAACAAAAUAUACAGUGGAUUAAAAAACCUGGGAAAACUUCGACGUACAAUUCAAGUCAACUUCCAAAGCUUCGGGAGCAAAUUGUUGAAAUUUUACAAGACGACCAUGAAUUUGAGAUGACGUUUGAACGGCUAAAGGAGAAGUAUUUGAACAAAUUCGAGAGAACUUUAGAUCCUUCCUUAUUUGGUUUCAACUCCCUUUCUGAUCUCUUGCAUUCUAUGUCCAGUAUUUUGCAGACGAAAGAAGAUACCACUGGAAAACACGUUCACUUACUUCGCGAAUUGCGCGUGGACCAAUUUAAGAAAGAAGUUUUUGAUUUGUUGAGUCAUCAGCCAUGUUGCAGUGUUCUACUUUCUAACUUUAUGGCUUCCUAUGUCAAGCAUUUUGGAAAGAAAUUCACACUAUCUUCAUUUGGCUAUAAUCGUCUCCCGGAUCUCAUUAAAGCAUUUCCAAGUGUUGCAGAGAUCGAAGGUGUUGGUGAUCAAAGAACAGUAAAACUUAUUGAAUUUGAUGAGAAACAACGGUUGAAGGAAACUUCUGUUGAUACUCCAGAUCAAUCUCCAUCACAAACUGUUGAAGAUAUCAAGAAAAGACUGCUUACUUUGAUUAAAGAAAAAGACCCGAAACUUAUCCUCGUUAAAGACAUAGCUAAACUCUAUCAUGAUCGUUUUAAUCAAACAUUGUUCAAAGAACAUGAUUUACUCGAGAAAGCUUUGCAAAGCUUAGAUAAACCUUUAGAGGUUCGAGGUGUUGGCAGUGACAGAGUCGUCGGUGUUUUCACUCAUCCUGAUCAUGAUAAUGAUAACGACUUUGUGUUUGUGAAAUCUGCCAUCGAUGUUUUGUAUCAUAGUAAGGACUUCAGUUUACCUAAGGCAAAGUUCAAUCAUCUUUACCAACUCAAUGUUUUGAAGAAUGAAAAUAUCGAUAAAAAAGAUCGUAGAUUACAUUGCCUUCCAAGUUGUGUUGUGCUUCAUGCGGUUGGAGCGGAUGAAACGGUUUUAUUAAGGCGUUCCACUUGUAUUCGUUUAUUGGUUGAAGAACUCCGACAUCUGUUGACUGUGGUCGAUGAUCGCAGUAUGAAACUGGAUGAGAUACCAUCGUUAUACAACAAGCACUUUGGGAGAGGAUUGAAUUUAGAAGCUCAUGGUGUUACACGUCUCACGGAUAUUGAAAAUAGUUUAAAUGGAUCACUUGAGAUGAACUCCGUAGAAGCUGAUGUCGUUCGUAUUUCAUUAUCUCCUAUUGCCCGUUUUGAAAUCGAAACACAAAACCUUCUUCGCGCCAAUGAUGGAUGUUUAUCUUUUUGUCGUUUUGCUCCCGCGUACAACAAAUUUUACGGCAAACCCUGUAUCGUAUCCGAGUAUGGUUUUUCCAAGCUGUUCUCUCUUGUCCAUGCCGUCCCUCAUGUCGCAAGACUUUCCGGGAGCGGUCCAGAGAAAUUUAUCAUUGCUGUGGACCGAUCCAUCCCUGAGCGUAUCGCAAACGAUUUGCUUAGCGUACGAAUUGUCGGUGGAAGCACCGAAGAAGUUUUUCCUAAUAUUGAUGAAAAUGUUAUUGUGCAGUCAUCAUCUGAUAAAGAGUCAUUUUUCAAUGACGUCAUGGAUGUUCCCGGUAACGUAGAAGUGUCUAAUUUGUCAUAUUCUGUUGUUGAAAAAUCUACAUCAAGUAAGUCUUGUUCUAAAUGCUAUCAUAAAUGUCGAACUGAAGAUUAUAAAAUCAAAAACUCGCGAGAAGCAAAAAAGCAUUCACUUGAAGAAGAAACGCACGCGAACUCCAUCGUUGAGAAAGGGGCUUCUGUUGGUUUAAAAGCCGAUCAAAAAAGUCCAUGUUUUGACGAACUUAAUACACCCGCUUCUCAUAACACGGCCAAAAGUCGCGAGAAAAAUGGCGGCGUAAAUCCAAACACAAAAACAAAGUUGUCGAAAUCUCGUCUCGCCGCCAAUUUUUCUCUUCAGUUACAAGAGAAAAGGUGACGUAAGUUGGUUCAUUAAUUUGUAGAUUACCAAUUAGCUAUGUAAAUUCUUUAUUUUGAAAAAUUAAUUAUUAGAAAAUUGAAAAAUAUGUAAAAUUUAUGUAGGUUUAGGUUUUAUAUUUCAAAAUUGAACUUCGUUAGUUAAUUAAUUGGUCCUCGUUUAUACUUUAUUGAAUUAGUAUUGCAUGCUAUUGAUAUCGAUCUAAGAUACUCGAAACAGUUAAAUAUAACUUGUGGCUGAAGUAACGAUUUGUGUACUUACUUAUAUUUUUUAUGUAAAACACCAUGUUAUAACUUUAAAUAUUGUAUGAAGCCAGUAUUUAGUUUAUCGUAUCUAUUUUUUAUAUUAAACAAACAUUUGGUUUCAUACGUAUUAAAUUAUUUGCAGUUUCA